AUGGUAUCAGUUACAACGGAUUUCAUCAGCGUCGGGGGCAACAGGAAUCCCGCAGCAGCAGACUGGCACCAUCAGUCUGGCUUACUAGCCUUUGGUGCGAAUAAUAAUGUUGCUAUUUGGAACCCUUCAGACAAAAACGACAGAGGCGUAUAUACGCUUCUCGUGGGCCAUACGGACAAAGUAAACGCUGUCAAAUUUUACACAUCUUCCACCACCGGACCGAUACUACUUAUUACAGGUGGUAGUGAUCACGCUAUACGAAUAUGGAAAUCAGAUUCUUCAAGUCCGCCUAAUUUUUCACAGGUGGCGGUCGUGGAAGGACAACAUGGAGGCUCCCUCAAUUGUAUUGAGGUCGCAAGUAAAUCGAAUAUUUUCGUUUCUGGAGCCGCAGAUGGGACCGUCAAAGCAUGGAGAAUAAUUGAAGAAAGCGACGCUGUAAAAUGCCAGUUAUUACAGAGCAUUUCGUUGAAACCUCGGUAUUUUCCUCUUGCAAUGGCACUGAAGUUCAUACCCAGCCUGGACGCUGGGGACAAAUUGGGUGGAAUGGUACUAGCAGUCGGGGGAACCCGGUCCUCAAUUCAGAUAUAUUCUGCGCAGGACACCAAUGAUCUCAAAUUCGAGCUUAGCACCACUUUAAUAGGGCACGAGAGCUGGAUACGAUCCCUUGCAUUUUCACCUGAAAGUGAUAGUGUGCACGGCGAAGGGGAACCCACCACACCACGAGACUUUCUACUUGCCUCAUGCAGUCAGGAUAAGUAUAUUCGCCUUUGGAAAGUGAACCCUGGAGAAGGCACUGCUUCGGCUACGCCAAAGAACGUGGAAGACCAAUUGUUGGCUGGAAUGGAGCAGGCGACAUUGACUCCAAAGGCUCACCGUUUUGAUAUGCAUGGUGCCAAAUAUUCAAUCACAUUUGAAGCUCUUCUUCUUGGUCAUGAAGACUGGGUUUAUACCGUAGCAUGGAACCCAAAUCCCUUCCGCCCACAACUUCUAUCUGCUUCUGCUGAUAACUCCCUAGUUAUCUGGGAGCAAGACCCUAUAACUGGCAUCUGGUUUUCACUAUCAAGAAUGGGAGAAAUUAGCUCCUUGAAGGGCUCCACCACCGCUACCGGCAGUGCUGGUGGUUUCUGGAUUAGCCUUUGGUCUCCAUCGGGGAAUGUAGUUGUCUGUUUAGGCAGGACAGGGAGUUGGAGGUCAUGGAGACAUGAUGCUGCCGCGGAUGCAUGGCUCCCCAUACCAGGGAUUACAGGGCAUGUUAGAGGCGUUGGAGAUGUUGCCUGGGAAUCUAGCGGCGGGUAUCUUCUAUCUACUAGCGGAGACCAAACGACGAGGCUGUAUGCUGAGUGGAAGAAGGGCAACCAUCACUCGUGGCAUGAAUUUUCACGGCCCCAAAUACAUGGUUAUGACCUGAACUGCCUUGCGCUGCUGGGGCCGUCUAGAUUUGUCUCCGGCGCUGAUGAAAAGCUUCUAAGAGUCUUUAAUGAAACGAAAGCGGUUGCUAACUUGCUCACGCGGCUGAGUGGGCUAGCUCAGCCUACAAGUGAUGAAGAAAUGCCCGAAGCCGCUAGUAUACCUGUACUAGGCUUGUCUAAUAAAGCCAUGGAUGAGGAGGUUGGAGGAGACGAAGAAACAAACGAAGCUGGCGAGCAAAAAGAACUACAAGCAGCUCAACCUGAGGUGUACAACUUGGAGAUCGACCACCCACCAUUAGAGGACCAUCUAGCCAGACAUACACUCUGGCCAGAACAUGAAAAGCUGUAUGGCCAUGGAUACGAAAUAUCAGCCGUUACUGCGAGUCGCGACCGAUCUAUCAUCGCAACCGCAUGUAAAGCUAGCUCCAUCGAUCAUGCAGUUAUUCGUCUAUAUGACACUUCAACAUGGAACGAAAUAAGACCUCCGUUGAUAGCCCACUCAUUAACAAUAACCUCUUUACGGUUUUCUGCUGGUGAUAGAUACCUUCUCAGUGUCGGACGUGAUCGACAGUGGGCAGUUUUCGAACGAGACUCGGUCAACAAGCUACUAUUUAAAAUGGUAACCUCCAACCCCAAAGGCCACUCAAGGAUGAUAUUGAGUGCGAGUUGGGCACCCCAUCCGACUGCUACAGUGUUUGCUACGGGUGGUCGUGACAAGUCCGUCAAGCUAUGGGUUCAGGAGGGGGCUUCGUUCAUUGCUAAAACUACAAUCUCCUUCUCCCAUCCGGUUACUGCUAUCGACUUCCUCCCGAUAACAGCGCAUGAUGGGCUUUAUCUCGCCGUUGGAGAUGAUUCCGGCCAGUUAUUCAUUUACAGGAUUCAUCUAGAAAGCUUUGAGGCAGGGGCAAUGAUCACGAUCCCGAUAUCAGAAUGCCCGUCCAAAUCCAUUACUCAAGUAGCAUGGAGGCCAGUGAACGGAUUAGUAGAUGUGUAUGGAGAGGAUGUUGCAGCCACUGGCAGGAAACCAGGAUGCCAGCAGCUUGCAGUUGCAAGUGAGGAUUCUUCAGUUCGUAUAUAUAAUGUCGAUAGCCUUCCGAUAUAG